AUGCACCAAAUCGAAGACAUUUUUUUGUUGUUGUUGUUGAUUCAAAUAAGUAUGAAUAAUCUUACAGAAAAUACAAUAGUUUGGCUUGAUCUGACUGGUCGAAGUUGUGCAGAAGAUAUCCGAAAACGAUUACAAAUGAACGUUUUCGAAAAUAUUGACUGCUGUAUCGAUUAUAUAACGGAUAUGGAUGAUACGAACACUGUAUUGGUUAUUUCGGGUGAGAUUACAGAGGAAAUUCUAUUGCUUAUCGAUCAAUGUCACCAGCUGAAAGCAAUUUACCUUUUGAAUCCGACAGCUGAGAAAAAUUCGGAUUGGACCGAUCGAUAUAAUCGAGUUAGAGGCAGUUUCACACAUAUCGAUCAAGUUUUAGUUAAACUUUCGUAUGACAAUCGAUUAAGUGACCAACAGAUUCCUUUUGAUACCUUUAUCAGCAUUGAAAAUAUGAUUGAUGUAACCAGUGCAUCGAAAUUACUCAAUAUUAAAUUUAUGUAUUUUCAUAUUCUUAUCGAUAUUUUUCUGAAAAUGUCAAAUGAUGACGAAUCGUUAUCGAAACAAGAUAUGAUAACUCAUCUUACACGCAUAUUCUACGACGAUGACAUAAAUCGGCAACAAAUCGAUGAAUUCGAUCGUACUUAUGAACGUAACAAUGCUAUACACUGUUACACAAAAUAUAUAUUUCUAUACGCAUUAUUGAACAAAGCUUUAAGAGAAUCUGAUUUUGACAGUUUAUUCGCAUUACGAAUGUUUAUUGUCGAUCUUUACAACCAAAUAGUUUCCGAGCACGAACAAUUUCGUGUCAGGUCCGCGACGGACACAUGUAGUUCUUCACUCACUGUUUAUCGUGGACAAUCGAUCACUCAUGCAGAAUUGAAUAUACUUCGUCAACGACAAGGCGGCUAUUUUUCCAUGCAAAGUUUUCUUAGCACAAGUACAAAUCGUGAAGUCGCAUGUAUUUAUUCAGGAGCAGGAGUUCCCAAUACGAAUACGGAUCAAACGUGGAUUAUGUAUGAAUUUAAACUUGCCACACAUUUAAACAGCACGAAGUCGUAUGCGAGCAUCAGUCAUCUAAGCCAAUUUGUGGAUGAAGAUGAAAUUUUAAUAGCACUUGGUGCAGUUUUUCACAUCGAAACUGUUGAAUUUGAUGAGACUAAUCAACGCUGGCAUGCGAUGUUAAGCUUGUGCGACGAUGAAAAUUUCGAUUUAUAUGAGAUUAUGAGGCAAUAUGCAGCUGAAAUCGUUGCGGAUAAAGUUUCGCCAGGUUUCCUGCUUUACCAACAAGGAAAUUAUACAAAAGCAAACGAAUAUUUUCGAACAGUCCAACAUAUGAAGCCAUUACAAAUAACUGAAAAAGCUCAUAUUUAUCGAGGAUUGGGCGCCGUAGCAGCAGAAGAAAAGUAUUUUACCAAAGCGUGUGCAUAUUUUAGGAAAGAAUUGAAUAUAUGGAAAAGAUUAAACAAGGAAAAGGGCAAAAUGGAAUCAUUUAGAAACAUUGGUGAUAUGCUUUUCUACAUGGGAAGAUAUAAAGAAGCAUUGGAUCAUCUUCAAAUUGCAUUAAAAUAUUUUAGAUCGAAUAAUUAUGAAAUGGAAUAUGCUCGAAUAUAUGGUCAAAUUGGACACAUCAUGAUUGUCAAUGAACAAUGGGAAGAGGGCAUGAUGUGUUUUGAAUUACAGUUAGAAGUUCGAGAAAAAACAUUACAUGCAAAUCAUGAAGAUAUCGGUAUCACUCAUACGCAUAUCGGUAAUGCUUAUGUUAUGAAGAAAGACUAUACAAAGGCUAUUGAGCAUUUCACAAAAGCCUUAGAAAUUUAUGCUUAUUCAUAUCAACUGGAUCACCCGAAAUAUCUACAGGCGCAAGAAAAUUUACGUAAUGCUAAACGUUUGCUCAAUACCAAUGUCGGAUUGAAUGCUAACUGA